AUGGUCAAGGAAACCAAGCUGUACGAUCAGCUGGGCGUUAGCCCCACGGCAACCCAAGAUGAAAUCAAAAAAGGCUACCGGAAAGCCGCACUAAAGUACCACCCCGACAAGAACAAGGACAACCCAGACGCCGCCGAGAAGUUCAAGGAAUGCUCCCAGGCCUACGAGAUCCUCUCCGACCCCGAAAAGCGCAAGACCUACGAUGACUACGGUCUCGAGUUCCUGCUCCGCGGAGGCGCCGCCCCUCCCCCAGACGGCGCUGGCGGCAACCCCUUCGCCGCGGGUGGAAUGCCUGGAGGCUUUGAUUUUGGCAGCGGCGGCAUGCCCGGCGGCGGUGCACGCACCUUCCGCUUCAGUACCGGUGGAGGAAACGGAGGUGGAUUUAACUUCAGCUCCGCGGACGACGUCUUUGCUGAAUUUAUGCGCUCAGGUGCUGCGGGUGGAAUGGGUGGCGGCGACUCGCCACGGCCCAGAGAAGCGACGCCCGAGGUCACGACGGUGGAGCGACCCCUCCCGCUCACGCUGGAGGAGCUGUUCCGCGGCGUGACCAAGAAGAUGAAGAUCAAACGCAAGACAUUCGACGACACGGGCAAGAGGACGACCACCGACACGGUCCUCGAGGUGCCCAUCAAGCCGGGCCUGAAGAAGGGCAGCAAGAUCAAGUUCAAGGGUGUUGGCGACCAGGAAGAGGGCGGCCAGCAAGACCUGCACUUUAUCCUGGAAGAGAAACCCCACCCGCUCUUCGUGCGUGAAGACAACGAUCUGAUCCACACGGUCGAGUUGGACCUGAAGGAGGCCCUCACGGGCUGGAAGCGGACUGUGACGACCAUCGACGGCAAGCAGCUCAACCUCGACAAGGCCGGCCCCACACAGCCCGGCAGCUCCGACAGGUACCCCGGCCUGGGCAUGCCCAUCUCCAAGAAGCCGGGCACGAGGGGAGACUUCAUCAUCAAGUACAACGUCAAGUUCCCCACGAGCCUCACGGCGGCUCAGAAGCAGAAGCUGCGGGAUAUUUUGUAA